AGUCUUAUAAAAGCUGGUGUAGCAGACCGACACCACCACAUAGUGCCACUUUGGCCAGGAUCCAAGCAAGUUACGUUAGCUUGUGUUGGUUAGCAGGUGUAGUUUGCUAGCAGCUAGGCUAGCUUUAGACACUGCCGACACAUCAGUGGUUAUGGCAUUUGGGUUUAGCCUUGGUGUGGCAUUAAUCCUGUCUGUGUGGUUAACUGCAAACUGUACUGUCAUCCCAGAUGGUGCUCUUCACAUGCGUUGUCAUGAUCGUUAUUUCAUGAUAGCUGCUGAGCUCUCCUUCACUGGGGUGAAGCCUCGCUUUGAGGCUGUUGAUAAGGCAGAUGUGUUCCCAAUCACUGAGCAGUAUGCAGCAAAGUGUGGCUACAGUGUCAGUGUUCUUCUUCUACGGGGCCAAGUGGAGCUCCGAGCCUCUUACUUCAGCUGUCACACUGACAACAAAGAUGAUGAGGUGUUCACGUUCAACUUCAACUUGAUCACAACACAUGAAGGAAAGGACGUCACCUAUGCUUUAAACAAGACCUGUUCUCCCUCUCUGCCCUGGUCUCCCAGAGAGGUUACCUGUGAGGCAAACUACAUGGAAGUCUCUGUGAGGAGUGAAGUCACCUGUCCAUCUGGGACUAAAGAUGACUGGAAUGCCCUCAAACCUGCACACAGCUCCAUCACUUCAGACUGGCAGGUGAUGUUUCAGAGAGCAGAGGAACAGUUGCCGCCAAUGAACAUGUCUAUAGCUCGUAAGCAGGGUUAUGUGUUUGAUGUGACAGAUGGUAGGGUUGUGUUUCGGACACGGUAUGGACAACCUGACUCCUUCAACACAAAGAUGAAUGGUGUUCCAGUAGAGGUGGUCCAUGCAACUUUGUUCUCCAGACAAAGUUGGAUUGUCCUCAUGAUCGACCUGGUGGCUGCUUGCUCCAUGUAUGAAGGCUCAUAUGAAGACAGUGGCUACAUGGUGUGGGAGAUUCCAGAAGUGCUGUACCCAGGUCUUGACAGCACCCAACUCAGCUUUGGACUCAAUGGUGAACUUGUGGAGCAGGCAGUUGCAGAGGACAAGGGAUACAUUGUGGAGAAGCACAACGCCACGGUUGAGAUCAGCAUUCCUCAUGAUGCUGAUGGUGGAUACAGGAAGAGCGUUGUGAUUGACAAGCUCUAUGAGUUUUACAUCUUUCAUCUCUCCUUUGAGCAAAUCCUGGUGGAUGAGGAUCGUUUGGAGACGAGGGUCAGAUUUCAGAGGACGCUGGCCACUCCCUUACUGCCGCGCCCCGUUUUCACGGAAAACCAAAUCGUUCUUGAGGAGCGCACUUUCACGGUCUACCUUGGAGGUGUCCCUGCAGAUGUCGAGUUGGCUGCUAUUUAUUUGAAUGGACAAGAAUGCACAGCGCCAUUUACAAAUGCAAGCAGGCACAAUGUCACACAAGUUGUUCAUCCCAACAACACUCAUGGCUACAUCCUGAAGGUGCCUUUUGAUGAUCCGGCUGUCCAACUGCAGUUUUAUAAAGAAGCUGCAGUCCUUGAGUAUGGACUGUACAUCAACUUCUCACUGACCGUUGUGCCAGAAAACAUGUUUUACUACCACCUGGCAUCUAUCGCAUUGACCACAAGUGUCUCUCCUCCAGCCUUUGAUGCUGUCUGUUCCGAGUCUGGGAUCAGCUUCAAACUGGACCACCGGCCUUAUGACUACCUGUGGGAGAUCAGUAUCGGCUCAGACCUGCUGACUUCAGAGCUGGCAGCUCAGCACGGUUACAUCAUGAGCAACGAUAGCCAGAGUCUGCUGCUUGAUGUGCCGCUCUUCACUCAUGGCUACGAGUACAAGAAUAUUACAUUGGAGGAAUUCUUUGGCACAUUUGAGAUCCUAGUGCGGGAUCCAGAAACAUCAGAGGUCCAGAGCUCCACCGUCAAGACUUGUCCCUUCACUGCUACUGAACUCAUUAUGUGUUCAACUGAUGGAAGGAUGACUGUAGUGGCUGACUUGCCUCUGGCCAUCCCAGAUGGAGAUCCUGCUAGAAUCACCCUCAUAGCCCCAUACUGUGGACCCAAAGAGGCAGAUGGCACCAGGGUGCUUUUCUCAUUUCCAUUCAACAGCUGUGGAUCCACAGUAAAGCUUGGCAGGGAAAAUGUGUCUUAUGAAAAUGAGAUUUUCUACAGCCACCUCAAUAUGAAUGAGACACUUUCUAAUACUACUGAGAGGGUGAAAAUACAGUGUACAUAUCCUCUGGCUGGUCUCCAUCGCCUCUUCUCAGCAUACAAGUUUGAGUCUGACACAGUUGGUUUUGGCAAAAUCAUCCACACCACAGAGCCCUUAUCAGGUCUACAGAGUCCCACCAUCAGGCCCACUGUAGCACUUACAACCACAUGGGCUGCCAAAAGACCAGCUGGAACACCUGCUGCCUUCCAGCCUGCUGCCCACCCACCUGCUCGCUACGUUAGAGUUUCUAGUAUUCGUAAUCUCUUCAGUGGUCUUAGAAAAGGAGCCUCACAGGUUAAAGUGGAUGCUGCACAACUUUGAAUGACGUACAACUUUUUUAAAUAGAAAAUUUGGAAGUUAAUAAAGCUGUUUUCUCUUUUAAAAA